UGGUCACUUGAUGCAUCUUGUUCAAGAAAAAACAAAAAUUUCAAUGUGAAAAAAAACUUAUUUUAAGUUAAUGGAUACCAAAUUUCCUUUCGGAAAGGCAGUAUUGUUGUUGGCAACAGCAGCUUUUGUUAUUUACAUGAUUUACUUUAUCCAACAGGCCGACAUCUCUUCCCAACAGAUUGGACGUCUGCCGAAAACAAUUCGUUGUGAAAAUAAACCACUUGAAGAAGCAUUGGACACGUCGCUACAAUCAAAACAAACUUCAGAGGAGAAUGUUAGUGUACGACAAUUAAAUGUGACUAUUAAGCGUGACUUUUUUAAUUACAUGGCUGCAUCGCUGCAUAAUACUCCGUAUCCUGGUGUGGAAAACUAUACCCAAUAUAUAGUGGCCCGUGAUGGAUUGUUACCAUUAACCAACAUCGUGAAACCUCUCAAACCUGAAUUAGGGACAGUGUUGAACGACGUCCUUUCUUUUCGAUAUCCACUUAGCAUUGAUCCCUGCCAAGAUGUGAAUCAAAGUGUUUUCAUAGCUACGGUUUCGGCACCUGGCAAUUUUGUCAAGCGAAAUAUGAUUCGACAAACAUGGAAAAAACAUUUACAAGCUGCUAACGAAGAUGGUCUGCUGGGAAUGGCUCGUUCUGGUUUUUUAGUGGGGAUGUCAAACGAUACUUUGAUACAAAACCAAAUCCAAGAAGAGAGUAAAACUUACGGUGACAUCAUUCAAGUAGAAAUACCUGAUUUUUACGAAAAUCUAUCGAUGAAAAUGGCUGCUUUUCUUAACUGGUUGUACAAAAACUGUGCCAAUGUGGACUUCGUUCUUAAAGUCGAUGACGAUGUUUACGUAAACGUACAUAAUCUAGCUCUAUUCAUUCAAUCGUAUCGUCAAUUCAAUCACAGUAUUUUUGGGGUUGCUAGUGUCCCCUUUACGCCUGACAGAGAUGGAAAAUGGAAAGUCACUUACCAAGAAUGGCCAUGGAACACUUAUCCCAGCUAUUUUGGUGGACCAGCUUAUUUACUGCAUGGAACUGCAAUUCUUCCUUUGUUAGCUGCUUGUCAAACGACCCCCAUGAUAUCAUUAGAGGAUCUCUACUGGACCGGCAUCUGUGCAGAGAAAGCUGACGUCAAUAUCAAUUUUUCUUCCAACUCAACAACAGUAUUUGGGGAACGUUUACCUGCUGUGCUCGACUCAUGCGAUAUACGUCGCCAUAUUGCAUGGCUGACAAAAUCCAUCGAUCAUAUGAACAUCUCUCACGUGACUACUGACGACUACUAUUACAAUCAUACCCAAUGCGUUAGAAAUGAUUCUAAUGGACGUGGAACAAUAGCAAGCGAACCUGCCAAGUUUUAUUUUGAUAUUUUACCAAAGAAUCGAUAA